UACAUUAACUCACAUAAAAUAUGACAUUAGUGGUUUAGUUAAUGUUAAUCAAAUAACUCAAGCAAAUGUACAAGUUUUAAUGGAUAAUAUUCAAACAAAAUCAUUAUCUACUCCUAUAUCUGCAGAUAUUUUUGACAUUGAAUCGUUUUUGCCAGUAACAAAUCAUCACGAACUCUUAGCUAUUGAAAAUAAAAUUCAAGAUACUGAUUUCAGAAUGUCGUUGGUUAGUAAUUUGUCGUUAUUAGUUGGGAAUAAAGACUUGGGAAAUAGUGUACGAAAAAUAAUGGCUAGAGUAUUUGAUGAUGAAAUUUUGACAAAACAUUCAUUGUAUGGAUUCAAGAAGAAAUCACCUUUUUCGAAAUUGCUGAUCUAUCGUGUUAUUAUUGAUGCCCUUAGAACCCAUAUCAAGUAUAAAAUGAACACAGAAAAAGAAAUUGAUAUACCUCUUGGGACUUGGCUUUCACAUGCUCCAUUUAGAAUUAAAGAUAAGAAUAAAAAACAAGUGACUCUCUAUUCAUCUCAAACUUAUUCAGUUUAAUUUUUAUU